UCACAUCUGCGAAGCCUCUGCGUCUGUCCUCUCGUCCGCGGCUUGCCUGCGCAUCCGCUCGCGUGGCCUGGGCGCUCUCCGCCGCGCUCCGCUCGGUCCUCGGCUGCACGCCGCAGGCCUGUCUCUCUGCGCUGGGCGCAUUCGGAGCAUCUCGCUGAGCUGCGAUGCAGGGCUUCGUCAAGCAUGUGGUGCGCUCGCCGCUGGCGCCCUCUACUGUCGAGUCAAUAGCCGCGCGGAGUCUCGAGCACCUCGCGUCCCGCGCCGAGACGUCCAGCGCCAAGCUGACCGGCAGCUUGCGGCAACGCUCCUCGGGCCUCGACCCCAUCGAGAUCAUCAUCAUCCUCGGCACUUUCGUCUGCGUCUUUGCGCUGCUCGUGCUCGUCGGCACGCUGUGCAAGGUGUUCAACCGGCCCUCUACCGAGGCACACCCGUACUACGGCGGCAAUGGUCUGUACCAUCCGUCUGCUGCCGGCUACGGCGGAGGUCCGGGCAGCCAGGCUGCUGCGCGCGCCGCGGCCGCAGGUGCGGGAGGACCAGGCUCCUCGACGAACCUGCUGAGCGUGGAGCAGAAGUACAACGCGCGCGCCAGUCUGCUGGACGCCGCCAGUCCCAUGGGCGCAGGUGGCACAGGCAGCAGUCCGCACCUCGAUGAUUCGUUCGGCGACUCCUCGACCAACUCCGUCGACGACUACUUCGGCAUGCGCAAGCCUAGCGCUGCAGCUGGCCCUUCUCACGCGCCGCACGGCCGCAACGCCAGCAGCAACAUGGGCCAUUCGCGCGGCGAGAGUUCGGGCAUCCAUCUGCCCGGUCCCUCUGCGGCACGUCGGCACGGCGGCGGCGCAUCGGGGCAGCAUCCCGCGCUCCUCUCCGGCGGACCCUCUCCCGACGGCGGCGGCUUCCGGCCGGGCCAAGUCGUCGUGCCCGCAGGCUACGGCACGGCCGGUCCCGGCGGACCCGCGCCACAGCUACGCGCUGCUCCAAGAGGUCCUCCGCCGGCGACGGAUGCGCGCCGGCGCUCCAAGUACGCGCGUGCAGACGGCCGACGCAUCGACUCGGUCGGGCCGGGCGUGCUGCGCAAGAGCAUGUUCCUGGCGUCGGACGAGGCGCCCACCGAUGCGGCGGCACAACGUACCUCGAUGUAUGCUGGCGGCAGUCGCGUGCAGCGACAGCAGAGCGGCAACAGCGAGGGCAACACGAGCGGCGGUCUGCGGCGCGUGGACAGCGUCGGCAGGGGCGAUGCACGACGCAGAAGUCAGGCGUAUCCUGCGGGUGCGGGCGCCUCGGCGCGCACGCCGAGCAUGUAUGGCGCGCUCGCCAACGAUCGCGCCAUGAUGCGCAGCGCGCAGGCGGACAACUUUGGUGCGGGACGGGGAGGGGCAGCAAGAGGCGAUCCAUUGGGCGCAGCGAGGAACAACGAGGGGUACGAGUCGAUGGACUCUCCUUCUUCCGUCGGACCACCAGGCGCAGCACUCAAAGCGGGGCCUCGCAUGCCCAAGCAAUACGCGCAGCAGCCGUCGUCGUACGCCUCUGCGGGACAAGAACAGUACGGCCCGCCACAGCCGCCGCCGCAGCUCAGCAUGCCGCCGCCCGGCGUGCGAGUGCCUCGCGCAAUGGGCCCGCCGAGCCCGGGCAUCGCGCCGGGCAUGCGCAUGCCGCCGAUGGGCGGGUACGCACAUCAGGCGCCGCUCGCGGCGGGAGGUGGAGGGAGACAGAUUCUGUGAGAGGGAGAGAGAACGAAGAGGAUCGGCGAUCGGCUGGAAGCGCUUCGCUGCCUCCCUGCGAGCGACGGGCUGCGUCGGGCCUGGCCUCUCUUCUCCUUCCGCUUCCGCUCUCCUCGCUGCGCUUCCCUUCGGCCGUCCUGUAACACCAGACAGUACCCCUCGGACGGCCCGGCCGCCGUCGUCUGCGCCUGGCACACGCGCGCGCGGCCGCUGCCCCAUUUUUCGCUUCG